AUGGGCACAUUUACAGUCCAGCGGGAGAAGAGACGAGUGAACAAAUACCGGCAGACACCUGGCACACCCCAACACCAAGCCUACAGUGAGCGCGGGCGGCACAGCGCUCCCGGCGCGUCAGGGCGGCGCGCUCCGCCUCCGGCCCAGAGAUUCCUCGCGACCAUCUCACCCCGGAAAGGAGACUGCGAACUUGCAGCCUUCGGACCCGGCAGGCUCAAAGUACCCGGAGCGACUCAGGCUGCACCCCGAGAACAGUGGGUGCCUCCAAAGCUCGGGCGUUCUCGAGUAAACACGCCGGAGAGGCCGACGGGGGAGCAGGGUGGCCGGCGCCACGCAGCGGAAGAACCGGAGAUCUCGAGGCGCGGCCCGCCCCCAGGCGGCCUCGGGCAGCGGGACUCCGGUGGGAAGGUAGACAGGACGCCGCAACCGGAAAGCCAGCGGAGGCGAGGAGCAGAGCCCGGGGUCCCGAAGAAGUCCUGGCCCUCGUGGGACCGCGCGGCGAGGACAGCCCCACGGAAGGGGCUUUGGGGAGAGCACCGCGAGGGCAGGAGGUGCAGGGCGCGGCCGCGCGCCGGCGAGGCCCCUUUAAGACUCUCCCCGCCCACCGGCGGCGCCGGCCUCCGCCCGCCGCUCUCCCCGCCCCACAGCCCCGCGCGAGGGGCUUUGGGGAGAGCACGGCGAGGGCAGGAGGUGCAGGGCGCGGCCGCGCGCCGGCGAGGCCCCUUUAAGACUCUCCCCGCCCACCGGCCGCGCCGGCCUCCGCCCGCCGCUCUCCCCGCCCCGGGUCCCGGCGCGAGCUGCGAUUGGGCGGGCGCGGCGAUCCCUUUGAAGUGUGGCUGCUGA